UCACCCUUCUUUCUUUGCUCCCACCUUCCUCAUCCUCCUCCUCCUCCUCCUCGCGAGCUCAUUUCUGGAGAGGAACCUUCUCACUGCACACCGACCUCUUCUUCUGUCUCACUUCCCACACCACUGCUAGUGCUAGAGCAAAACAGGGCAUUGCUUGGUGGGUUCGGAGCUGCUGUCUCUGAGCUUGGUACGUGCGUGGUGCUUUGGCGGAAUGGAGAGGUGGGGGGAGCAGGGGACGGCAGCGGCGCGGGCGAGGCGGCACGCCGACCAGCCGUCCUUCUCGUCCACGCUGCUCGACGCCAUCUACAAGUCCAUGGAGGACGACCCGGCCCACACAGGCGCGGACACCUCCACCAAGAAGAAGCAGCAGGAGGCUCUGCACUACAGCUACUACUACCGCCCAUCCCUGGCGGGCAGCUACCGCGCGCGCGCGCCGGGGCCGCACGCCACGACGUCCAGCUCCUCCGACUGCUCCAGCUACGGCGGCUUCUCCUCCUCCGAGGCCGAAUCCUCCAACCACCGCCGCCUGCGCCCCAUCCGCACCGCCGCGUCCGGCGGUGGGGCACCCAACCCGCCAGCGCCGGACCAGAAGAAGCCCAAGAAGCCCGCGGGCGCGUCGUCUAUCCGCGCCAAGCUCCGGGACCUGCGCCACAAGCCGGCGUCCCCGGGCGCGCGCCUCGCGGGCUUCCUCAACACCAUCUUCGCCGGCAAGCGCUCCGCGCCGCAGACGCCGGCGGCCGCGGCCGAGUACGCGUGCUCCUCCGCGUCCUCCUACUCGCGCUCCUGCCUCAGCAAGACGCCGUCCACGCGGGGCCAGGCGGGCCGGACCGUGCGGUUCGUGGUGGACAGCGACGCCGACGCGGCACCGGAACGACAGAGGGUGCCGACGCAGGCGGUGGAGCAGAUGCUGCUCCGGCGGAUGGAGAUGGAGAGCGACGAGGACGACGACGAUGAAGACGAGGAGAGCAGCGACGCCAGCUCCGACCUGUUCGAGCUCGAGAACCUCGCCGCCGUCGCGCCGCGGGGCGGCGCCGGGUACAGCGACGAGCUGCCGGUGUACGAGACCACCCGCGUCGUGCUGAACCGCGGCAUUGUUGGCCACGGCCGGAGCGCCAGAGUCGUCUGAUCUUGCUGCAUGGUGGGGUUACUGUAAAAUUAGUUAGUGAGAUGGGAGUUGGAGUAAGCGAUUUCUGUGCUGCGCGCUCUCUCUUUAACCUCUGGUUCUUCUUUUGGAGUUUUCUCCAUUUUCAAGUUGCGGUGUUCUUAGAUGUAAGUAGUAAUUUGUAGCAGGAGUAAAUCGGCAAUGGUGUUGUUGUUCCUAUUGUUA